AUGAAGAAGUUACGAGCGGUAGCUGGCAUGGCCUCAGAACGCCAGAGGCGAGAUGUCCAGGAGCCUGAGGUGAGCCGUGAGGCAGCCUCAGCCGCCACCGAGGCAGGGGGACCAGAUAUGAGGGAGGCUGAGGUUCGUGCGGAGGUGGCGGCGGCUCGAGCGGCCGCGGCUGUGGCUAAAGCCGCGGCGGCGGCCGCAGUAGCAAAGGCCGAGGCCGUGGAGGCCCGAGCCGAGACCGCGGCUGCAAUGGCCAAAGUAGCAGCCCAGGCGGGAGAGGAGGUGAAAGCCGUGGCGGAGGCUGUGGCGGCCAAGGCUGGGGCGAGAGCGAAAAAGAAGGUAGAGCAGAGGGUGCCGGAAGAGAGAGAGGCCCAAAAAGCGGAGGCCUCAAGAGACGCGGGAGCCAUGCGGCGCAGAGCUGGAGCUGACGCCAGCAGAGAGGCGCCCCCUAGCUUGGCGGUGAUGAUUGCUGCAGCUUCGGCAGAGGUCCAUUCCCGGGUGAGCAGCCCUUCCAGAAAAUCCAAGGGUUCCGGGGUAAGCCCAAGCGGUGGAAAUCGAGGCGACCGGGGCCAGGAGACGCAAUCUCCUGUUCAACCGAGGCGCCGGCGGGCAGGCAUUACAAGCGGGAAGGGGGCAGGCGUGAUGAGCCGAAUAGCUGCGUCUUUAGACCUGCGGCCCAGGCUUUGGCCUACUCCGUCUCGAGCCAGAGCGGCGGUCCCAGCCCCGACCCAGGCCCCGGCCCCAGACCUGGCCCCGGCCACGGCCACGGCCACGGCCACGGCCAUGGCCACGGCCCCAUCCAAAACUCCCACUCCAGCUCUGAGACCGACCAAAGUUUCGUCUCUGGCCCCUGGGUUCAAGGGCCAGGCCCCAACCCUAUCCCAGAUGACAGUGAAACCCAAGACUUCCACAAAAAGUUCCACGUUGGGGAUAGGUAUGACAGUGGCCCAGGGUUCAGACUCCCUCGAGGGUUGGCUCUCCAAGUGGAGUAACAGCCUAAAGAGCUACCAGCCCCGCUGGUUCAUGCUGAGCCAUGGGCUGCUCAGCUAUUAUUGCGACAAGGCUGAGAUGCACAAUACUUGCCAGGGCACCAUCAGCCUGGCUUCUGCCACCAUAACGGUGGAGGACUCCCAUAGUUUUGUCAUUUCUAAUGGCGAUUUCCAUGCCUACCGCCUCAAAGCCAGCUCAGAAACUGAGCAGCAAGAUUGGAUUAAAGCUUUGAAGCUAGCCAAGGGCAAAGCUGUUAAGAUGCCCAGCCAUUUUGAUGAUUCAGAAGAGGAAGCAUCCACUUCCUCUCGCCAGGCAGAAAAGAUGGAUUUGCAGAAGUCCCUGCAUACCCUCUCUCAAAAAGUAGAUGAUGUGACCACAUACACUGACUUAGUAGCUUCCCAGGGCCAGGUGCUGCAGAGUGCCCUCAGGGAGUUGGAGACCAUUAAGAUCCCCAAGGAGAGCCAUGCCAAGAUGGAGCAGGUCACUGAGCAUGCUGUCCUCCUCAAAGACACGUCCAGUACGAUGACCAACGUAUGUAAAGAUUUCCUAAAGUUGGUUCUUGUCCAGAGUGAGAAAUGGCAGAAGUCUCUGCAGCUGGAGAAAGAAAAGCGCAUUCAACUGGAAGAGGCCUUAGAACAGCUGGCCGAGCAGCAUAAUCGCCUAGAGAGAACCUUGCAAAGUGAUGCUGCCAAAGGGACUGAGAAAGAUGAGGCCAGACAAGAAUCGGGUGCUAGUUCUCAAGUCGCUGAGGUGCCCGGGGACCCGGGCCAAGAGUGUGCCCCGAGUGAGAUCCACGGGGCCAGCCAAGCCAGCGGACAAUAUAAACAACCUGUGAAAAAAAUCAAAAAGGCCCAGAGAAUUCAGAUUCCAUACAAGCCAACCUACAGCCUUAACUUAUGGAGUAUGAUAAAGAACUACAUCGGGAAAGAGCUCUCCAAAAUCCCAUUGCUGGUGAACUUCAGCGAGCCUUUGUCCAUGCUUCAGCGCCUCACUGAAGAUCUAGAAUACCACGAGUUACUCGACCAAGCUGCCAAGUGUGAAGAUUCCCUAGAACAGUUGUGCUAUGUGGCAACUUUCAUCACGUCUUCUUACUCUACUACUGUGUUCCGCACCAACAUGCCUUUCAGUCCCCUCCUAGGGGAGACCUUUGAACUGGACUUAAUGGAGGAGAAUGGCUUCCGUUCUCUCUGUGAGCAAGUGAACCUGCAUCCUCCAGUUGCGGCGCACCAUGUGGAUUCCAGAAAUGGUUGGACAUUUUACCAGGACAUUGAAAUUACCGGCAAGUUCCAUGGCAAGUUUCUUGACAUUACACCCAGUGGGACUGUUCACUGCGUCUUCCAUGCCACUGGUCAUCACUACACCUGGAAGAAAGCGCUCACCACUGUGAACAAUAUUAUUUUGGGAAAACUGUGGAUAGACCAGUCUGGUGAGAUAGAAAUUGCCAAUCACAAGACAGGAGACAAGUGCAUCCUCAAGUUUGUUCCUCAUAGCUACCUCUCCCAGGACGUGCCCAGGAAGGUUACUGGACAGGUACUUGAUCCUUCCCAAAAAGUCCACUUUACUCUUCUGGGAACCUGGGAUGAGAAGAUAGAGUGUUUCCGAGUGCUUCCAGCCAAAGAUGCAGAUCCCGGCGUCGUCCUCUGGAAGAGGAACCCCCUCCCAAAGAAUGCUGAGAACAUGUACUAUUUUUCAGAGUUUGCCCUGACUCUCAAUGCUUUGGAAGAUGGCGUAGCUCCCACAGAUAGCCGAUUGCGACCUGACCAAAGACUGAUGGAGAAUGGAUAUUGGGAUGAAGCAAAUGCUGAAAAGUGGCGCCUGGAAGAAAAACAGCGUCUCGCUACCAAAAAGAGGGAAGGCAAAGCUGUGAGAGCCGCAGAUUCUGGGACUGUUGCUCUCCACAAGGCAUUGUGGUUUGAGCAGAAGGAGGACCCCAUUACCAAGGAACUGAUCCAUAUGUAUAGAGGAGGAUAUUGGGAGUGUAAAGAAAACCGUGACUGGGGCUCAUGCCCAAACAUUUUCUGA